UGGGGGCCAGCUCCCCUUUUCCUUCCCAUGGCACCCCUUCAGACCCUCCGUGGGGCUCGGGAAGGUUUCUUCUCUCUGCUGGUCCCUGCUCUUCCCAGCCAGCAUCUCCUGCUGGGGAAGGAGGGACCGGGACCCCAUCCCUGGGAUGGAGAGAGGGGAGCAGCUCCCCAGGAGCUGGGAUGGGCUCUGCUUCCAGCAAUAAAACCUAUUUCUAGGCGAGUUUGCCAUCCUUUUGCUUCGUUGCAAUGAACCCCUCUUCCACGUGCCUGAAGAAGUGGAAUAAACUUCAUUUUCAAGGACCCUCAGACCAAGCCCUGGCUCCGCGCUCUCCCGUUUGCCGUGAGGAAUUCUCAGGAACGCAGAACCGAGUUUGUUCAUCUCUUGGGAGGAGAAGCUGCUGCUCCUGCAGGCACUCGGCCCCAGACGUGUGGGUUCUCCUGCAGUCUGGGGUGGAUUUACAUCACUAAACCCUGCACGAUGCCUCCCAUCACGUUCCAGGAUCUGCCGCUGAACAUCUACAUGGUCAUUUUUGGCACCGGCAUCUUUGUCUUCAUGCUCAGCCUUAUCUUCUGCUGCUACUUCAUCAGCAAACUGCGGCACCAGGCUCAGAGCGAGAGGUUUGGGUACAAGGAGGUGGUUUUGAAAGGUGAUACCCGAAGGCUGAACAUGCACGGGCAGACCUGUGCCGUCUGCCUGGAGGAUUUUAAGGUGAAGGAGGAGCUGGGGGUGCUGCCGUGCCAGCACGGCUUCCACAGAAAGUGCCUGGUGAAGUGGCUGGAGGUGCGCUGCGUCUGCCCCAUGUGCAACAAACCCAUGGCAGGUCCGGCACAGCCCCGUGCUGGCAUCGGCACGCUGCUGGAUGAACUGGUGUGAGCAUCCCUGCUGCUCGCCGGAGAGAUCCUGACAGAGCCAUCGCUGGACCAUGGCUCCCCGGGGAUGCCCAAGCCCAGCAUCACCUGAAUCCGUGCAUCUCGAGGGAUCAAACAGUUCCCAGUGUCGCUUGGACCUGCGCAUCCCAGGUGACUGAACAAUGCCUGGCAUCGCCUGGGCCUGCACACUCCAGGGGAUCAAAUAGUCCUGGCAUCACUUGGAUCCACAUAUCCCACAGGGUCAAACACUUCCCACUGUGACCCAUGCAUCCUGAGGGAUCAAACAGUCCAGCAUCAGCUGGACCUGCAGAUCCCAGGGGAUUGAACAGUUCUGGCAUCACCCAGGCUCACACAUCCCAGAGGAUCGAACAGUUCCAGAAUAACCCGGACCUGUGCAUCCCAGGGGAUCGAACAGUCCUGGCAUCACUUGGACCCACACAUCCCAUGGGGUCAAACAGUUCCCAGUGUGACCUGUGCAUCCUGGGGGAUCAAACGGUUCGGCAUUGCCCAGACUCACGCAUUCUGUGGGUUUGAACAGUUCCAGCAUCACAUGGACCCACACAUCCCAGGGCUCGAACAGCUCAUCUCAAAGGACUUGAUCUUAAAGGAUUUGGGAUUUCAGAGUUGGGAUUUUCAACUCGCUUUGCCCUGGGCGGUUGUGGGGGUUUUUACGCUCCCAGUUGGGGACCAGUGGAGCCGGGAAUGCUGAACCCCACAGGUGGGUGCUGUCCCCCCCCCAUUCCCUCCUUCCCUUUUGCCGCACAGAGUAUUUUUGUACCUGAUUCCCAUGAGGAAUGGGAAGCAGGCGUACGGUUUGGUGUAAAACAAUGAUUAA